AUGUUUCAGGUUCUUGUAUCUGGUGGGGUCGAUUCUACCGUAUGCGCAGCGCUCCUGAAUCGAGCUCUAGGACCGCAGCAUGUCACUGCCAUACAUAUAGAUAAUGGUUUUAUGAGAAAAGACGAAAGCGACUAUGUGAUUAAAAGCCUCAAAGCAAUUGAUCUCCCUGUUCAUAGAGAAUAUGCUGGUUUGACAUUUAUGGUGGGUACUGUUUCUGGUAAGAGUGGUGAUGCUGAUACGCUGGACAGAACUGUAGAUCCAGAGACAAAGCGACAUAUUAUUGGAAAUACGUUCAUCCGGGUUAAAGAUCGAGUUAUGGAGGAGUUAAAGUUGAAAAAGGAGGACUACUUUCUUGCUCAAGGCACUCUUAGACCGGAUUUGAUAGAGAGCGCCAGCGAACUUGCAAGCGCACAUGCAGAUACGAUCAAAACUCAUCAUAAUGAUACUAUUCUUGUUAGAGAGCUUCGAUCUUUGGGUCGUGUGAUUGAACCUCUGAAAGAUUUCCACAAGGAUGAAGUUCGUGAACUUGGCCGAACUCUCGGACUUCCCGAUGACAUUGUCAAUAGGCAGCCAUUUCCGGGGCCUGGUCUGGCUAUUCGAAUAAUAUGUGCACAGAAGCCACAUAUCUGUAAUGACUUUGCUACAACACAUCAGUGCUUGAAUGUGCUCACAAAUCUGUCACGUCAGCCUGCUACACCUGCAGAGAACGAGUUCAGGGAAAAAAUGUUAGAGGCUAUGACGGGAUGGGAGAUCACAGAGCUCAUGUCUCAAUCUUUCACGAUGAGUGCCACAUUGCUUCCAAUUAAAAGCGUUGGAGUGCAAGGGGAUCGCCGUUCCUACGCAUACGUAGCUGCAUUAUCUUGUGAUGAAAGUCCAGUCCCUUGGCAACUGCUUUCGCGGUACGCAAACAUCAUUCCAAAAGUUCUGCACAAUAUCAACAGGCAA